GUCACAAACAUUGCAGACCAUCAUGUCUAAAUGGAUGUAGUCAAGAUACAGGGCGAUGUAAUGGAUGUCGCACUAACAAAUACGGUAAGAUAUGUGGAAUUGAUUGCCCAAUUGAAUGUCUAAAUGGAUGUAAUCAAGAUACAGGUAUCUGUAUUGGUGGUUGUAACAAUAGGAGAUAUGGAGACUUCUGUAAUGCUACAUGUCCUACUGAUUGUAAAACUGAAUGUGAUGAAACAGGUAUAUGUAGAGAUUCCCAUAAAUGCCCAGAAAUGUGUACAGGAGGGUGUGAUGAAAAUAGUAAUUGUAGAGAUGAUAUUGAUUGUAGAAUUGAUAAUAGUUGUCCCACAUCAGCCUGCUCUCGUAAUUGUAAACAAUGUGACCAGUCAACUGGUAACUGUAGAGAAUGUAACAUAGGUUACUACGGCAUUUUAUGUAAUCAGACUUGUACUGGUAAUUGUUACAUUAAAGGGUGUAAUAGAGAUGGGACUUGUUCUAGUUGUAAAACAGGGUACCAUGGUUUAAUCUGUAACCUAGCUUGUACCGGUAAUUGUUACUUUAAAGAGUGUAAUAGAGAUGGGACUUGUUCUGGUUGUAAAGCAGGGUAUCAUGGUCCAAGCUGUAACCUAGCUUGUACUGGUUAUUGUUACGUUAAAGGGUGUAAUAGAGAUGGGACUUGUUCUAGUUGUAAAGCAGGGUAUCAUGGUCCAAGCUGUAACCUAACUUGUCCCGAUAACUGUCUUGAUGGAUGUAUCAAAUCUGAUGGUAAAUGUAAACGUUGUAAAGAAAACUUUGUUGGUGAUUUCUGUAAUGGAACAUGUAAUGAUGCUUGUAAAAUCGUAGAAAAUCAACGAAUUUGUUAUAAAAACGGUAUAUGUUUACAUGGUUGCAAUGAAGGUUGGUAUGGUAAAGCUUGUAAUGUUAGUUGUAGUGUUUCAUGUGAAGGUGGGUGUGAUCAAACCAAUGGUAAAUGUAAUAAAUGCAAAAGUGGUUACCAUGGUGAAACAUGUGAGAAGUGUAGUUCUCAAUGUGAUAGUGGAUGUGAUCAAAACGAUGGUAGAUGUAAUAAAUGUGAAAGCGGUUAUCAUGGUAAGACAUGUGAUAAGAACUGUAGUUCUAAGUGUGUUGGUGGAUGUAUUCAGGAAUCUGGUAAAUGUAUAAAAUGUAUCGACGGAUAUAACGGUAACACUUGUCAGAAAAGAUGUAGUAAUAAGUGUAAAUCAUGUGAACAGUACAGUGGUAAAUGUACAGAAUGUACAGAAGGAUAUUGGGGUUUACAGUGUGACAACACUUGUAGUUCAACAUGUAAACCUAGAAUUAGUUCAACUAUAUCUGUAUGUCAUCUGUAUAAUGGAACAUGUACUGAAGGAUGUCAACCUGGCCUCACAGGACAUAAUUGUACUACAGCUUGGAAAGAGUCAGAUUCUGGAGGUACAAUAAUGGUUAACACCACAAUAAUUGCGGUUAUAAUUAUUAUAAUAAUUAUUUUAUUAGUUAUUGGCAUGAUUUUAUAUAAAAGGAGACGAAGUAAGAGAAAGAAGGAAAAUAACGAAUUUGUCAUAACACCUGUUGAAAAUGAUACUUAUUUAGUAGCUAUUGAUCCUGCUGUUGUCAAUGACGCAACGGGUAUUUAUGAGAAUUUGAGAGAAGAAUCUGUGUAUCAGAAUGCUGGAGACGUGUCCAGGUCACCAACUAGAAUUGAUCUUAAAGACUUGUGGGAUUAUAAUCAGGGCAUGAAGGGAAAGAAAUUUGAUUUGGAAUAUCAGGAUUUGCCCAAAGGAUUGUGUUCACCUCAUGAGUUAUGUCUCAAUGAGUUUAAUAAAGGUAAAAACAGAUACAAAGACAUAUGUGCAUUUGACCAUACACGAGUUAAGAUAGAUAUUGAGAAUGGAGAUCCCAACUCAGAUUACUACAAUGCUUGUUAUAUAACUGGAUAUGGCGGAACAAAAAGGAAGUAUAUAGCUUCACAAGGCCCCAUAGCAAAAAACAUCGAUGAUUUCUGGAGAAUGUUAUGGUUUGUAGAAGCGAAGAAGAUUGUUAUGCUGACUAAUUUAGUGGAAAUGACUGUGGCCAAAUGUCUUCAGUAUUGGCCAGAUCUGGACCAAACGGUGAAAUAUGGAAAUAUAUCGAUCACUAUGAUAAGCGAGGAAGUGUUUGCCCAUUAUGUAAUUAGGACACUUAAAGUUGCCAAGGACAACUGUGAAACCCAGACUCUUCACCAAUAUCACUAUACAUCAUGGCCAGACAAAGGUGUUCCUACAGAUAUGACGUCAUUGUUGGAAUUCCACCUUAAGGUCCAGGGAAUGAAGGCUGACCUUAACGGCCCACUAACUGUGCAUUGCAGUGCUGGUAUUGGACGGACAGGGACGUUUAUCGCUUUAGAUUAUCUCAUGGAUGAAGGACUAGCAGAAAAAUCAGUGGAUGUCAAUCAAUGUGUGGCAAGAAUGAGAUACGAAAGAGUUAACAUGGUACAGGCAAAGGAACAAUACGAAUUUCUACAUGAUAUUAUUGCUGAAUGGUAUUUUACUAAAGAUACAAUCACAACUACAGAAACGUUUAAAGAUAGUUACAAGAACAUGCUCAAAGUAGAGAAAUCUGGCAGGAAAAAUGGACUGAGGGAAAUAUUUGAUAUGAUGUCAAAAAUGUGCAUAAAACCAAACAUGGAACAAUUUUCUGAAGCUAUGUCGGAGUCAGAUAUAGGUAAUACCACACGAGUUUGUACGCCUGUUCCCGGUUCAACUGAUUACAUCGCCGCUGUUUAUAUGCCCAGUUAUAUGACGAAACGAGCAUAUAUUGUAACCCAGACACCCACAACCAAUAUAGUAGAUGACUUCUGGGGAAUGAUUGUUGAAACAAAUUGUCAGAUAAUUGUUAGUUUAGAUAAGGAUCAAGGGAGAAAUUCCAAGAAUCUUGACCAGUAUUUUUCUCCAAAAGCGGGACAAUAUUCAAUUCACAAAGAAUCAGAAGAGAACCAUUCUCAAGGAUUUUACUCUAAAAUAACUUGUCAAGUUAAAAGUGAUGUUAACUUGGAUCUGAAACGCAAAAUACGUAUAUUCAGUUGUAGUUUUUGGCCUUCAAAGUUAAAGGUUCCUAAAUCAUCCACACCAAUGAUAUGUCUUUUGGAAGAUAUUGCCACGUUAAGACGAGCAUCAACUAAUGGGCCAAUCGUUGUUCACUGUUGCGAUGGUAAUGAAAAGAGUGGUGUGUUUUGUACAUUGGCGGCUGUAAUAGAGAGAAUAGUACAGGAACGAUCCGUUAGAAUUAUCCCAACCAUAAAUCAGCUCAGAAUAUCUCGACAUGAAAUUAUCACAAGUUAUGAGCAGUUGAAAUUUUGUUUUGAUACGAUUGCAGGAUAUUUGAGUAUUUUUUCGGAAUAUGACAUUGCUUGUUAUUAAAUUAUUUUUAAAAUAAGUUUCUUAUAUUGUUAUAUUUUUUUAUCUUCAUUUGUCAAUUUUAUUUGUACUUUCUUGUGCUUUUAUUUUACAAGUUUAAACAGUUCAAAAUAUCGGUCACUACGCCGGCUAAGUUGUGUUAUUUGAAUCGUCAAAGAAUAUAAAUCGAUUGUGAACCUGCAUCAAUAUUAUCUAGAUACACAAAUUUAAUAAUUGCAUUACAAAGAAAAAAAGAUAUGCGCUGUUUAUAUUUGAAAGUAGUAAAAUAUUGUUCGGGUAAGCAGUUUUAUAAUGAAAUCAGGAAUUGAAGUUAAUAAUAAUGGCCAGCUUGGGGAAUCAUCUGUUUAUUUAUUAAGAUUUUUGUUUUCAUAUUUUAAUUUAUUCGUUAUUAAUACUAUUUUAUAAAUAUAUUUUUAAACAUUGCAUAAAAUGUCAGUGGUGCAGGACGGAGGGCCAAAUAAAGACAGCUGUCUAGUCGUUCGGAUGGGACGAAAAACCGAGGUCCCGUGUACACAUUGGCGUACACGUAGACGAUCCCUUCGCAGUUGGAAUUUGAUAAAGGAGUAGGCCUUAGCACACUGUAUGGCGUAUGCUCGUCUUCAUUAGCCCAGUCGGAGCAUAACAGUAGGACGUUAAGCCUCAUUUAGUUUCACAAAUGCGGUUUUUCUUUUUGGUUUAUUUAUUGAUGAUUGCCUUUAAACAAUAUUACAACGUUACAAUAUUACAAUAUUACAAUAUUACAACGUUAUAUUGUGUAUAUUAUCUAUUGCUUUAUUAUAAAAUUUUGUUAUCAAGUGUAUUUAGAAAUAAUAAAAGUAUAUAU